UUUCCAUUGAGUCUUGUAAAGAAAGUUCGUUGCCUCUCGCGGUUCGGUUGGAUUUUAUCGGUUCAGAGAUCGGUUUGGUCGAGUUGAACCGGUCGGUUCAAGCGUCCGCUUCUUCUACUCCUCGUCCCUUCUCUGUUCUCGAGCUGUGAUUGGUGGUCUUCGAUCGGAUUUGGAGGAGUAGAGGAUGGAUGUUUCGCAGCCGCAGUUCAUCUCCAGCCAUGAGAAUCGGCGGGAUUCUGUUGGGGCCGCUGUGCCUCUCAUUGAUAAUGUCGAAGCUGACCAGAUUAUCAUCGCUGAGAAAAAGGGCUGGAAGAACUUUUUUGCGUACAUGGGCCCUGGAUUUCUGGUUUGCAUUGCGUAUAUCGAUCCUGGGAAUUUUGAGACUGAUCUGCAGUCUGGAGCUCAGUAUAAGUAUGAGCUUCUCUGGAUUAUUCUUGUAGCUUCUUGUGCUGCUCUUGUUAUUCAGUCUCUUGCAUCCAAACUGGGGGUUGUGACAGGGAAACAUCUAGCUGAGCAUUGCAGAGCUGAGUAUCCUAGAAUUCCAAAUUUUAUCUUAUGGAUACUGGCUGAAAUAGCUGUGGUGGCUUGCGACAUUCCUGAAGUCAUUGGAACAGCUUUUGCUUUGAACAUGCUUUUCAAGCUCCCAGUUUGGUGUGGUGUUCUAGUCACAGGCCUUAGCACUCUGGUACUUCUACUAUUACAACAAUAUGGGAUCCGCAAACUUGAGUUUUUCAUUGCUUUUCUGGUGGCCACUAUGGCUGGUUGUUUCUUCGCAGAACUUGGUUAUGCAAAGCCAGACCUUUCACAAGUUAUGAGGGGACUUUUUGUUCCUCAACUGAAAGGAGACGGUGCUACUGGCUUAGCCAUCUCUCUUCUUGGUGCUAUGGUUAUGCCGCACAAUCUCUUCCUUCACUCUGCAUUAGUUCUGUCAAGAAAAGUACCACGUUCAGUUCAAGGAAUCAAAGAGGCGUGCAGGUUUUACACUAUUGAGAGUGCAUUUGCACUUGCAGUGGCCUUUCUCAUUAAUGUUUCUGUUAUCUCCGUCAGUGGUGCUGUUUGCAGCUCAGCUAAUCUGAGCCCAGAGGAUCAGAUAAACUGCAAGGAUUUGGAUCUCAACAAAGCUUCAUUCUUGCUCAAAAACGUUACAGGAAGAUGGAGCUCAAAGCUAUUUGCAAUAGCCUUGUUAGCAUCUGGACAGAGUUCUACAAUCACAGGAACCUAUGCUGGGCAAUAUGUCAUGCAGGGAUUUCUUAAUUUGCGGAUCACUCCAUGGAUUAGAAAUCUUUUAACACGAUCUUUGGCAAUCGUUCCAAGUCUGAUUGUCGCGAUAGUUGGGGGUUCUGCUGGUGCUGGGAAAUUGAUCAUCAUUGCAUCAAUGAUUUUGUCAUUCGAACUUCCAUUUGCACUAGUACCUCUCCUCAAGUUCACCAGCAGCAAGACUAAGAUGGGAUCAUACGCCAACUCAUUUCUUAUUGCAGCAACCACAUGGGUCAUAAGCUCAUUGAUCAUGGCAAUCAACACAUACUACCUCGUGACGGGCUUCAUCAAGCUACUUCUACACAGCGGUCUGCACACUGCAGCCAUUGUGUUUGCAGGCAUAUUUGGUUUCGGAGGUAUGUUAGUGUACCUGGGGGCAAUCUUUUACUUAGUGUUCAGAAAGAAUAGAAAAAUCACUCAACUAUUACUGUCUGAUGAUACCGAACUUGGACCAACCGGCAACAACGCAAGCAUCGUAACUCACCUACCCAGGGAAGACAUCAUAAGCAUGCAACUCCCUCAAACAAGAUCUGCAAUGAAUCUUGACUAACAGCUUCCCUCAUGUUUUGUUAGCAUGAAAUCUGGGCAUUACUCUGCAACUCCAAAAGUGAACGAGCUACCCUAACAAUAACUAAUGUGGUUUCAUUUACUAAUAUAUUCUCAAUUUGGCAAAGUUGCUUUAGAGCAUUGGAUAAUGCUUGCAACAGUACUUAUUUAGCUAUGAUCAAUGAAGCACGAAACGAUGGUGAACUUGGCUUUUUAUUUCCAAACUUUUGUUGAGUUUCUUUUGAGUGUGAUUAGGGUUGUGGAUUGUUGUUCAACUUUAUAAACAGGUGUUCAUCUUGUUCCUAAAGCCUGCAAUGAAAGUAAGGUUUACGA